CUUUUGGUAAAAUCUAAAGAAGAGGAAGAAAAGCAGUUGAGCGGAAGUGUUUCGGAGCGGUACUUCUGAUCCAGGUUCGGUUCGGACGGAAAGAUGAACGCUCCUCCAGCUUUCGAGUCAUUUCUGCUGUUUGAGGGAGAGAAGAAGAUCAGCAUCAGCAAAGACACGAAGGUUCCCAACGCCUGUUUGUUCACCCUGAACAAGGAGGACCACACGCUGGGCAACAUCAUCCGAGCUCAGCUGCUGAAGGACCCCCAGGUUCUCUUCGCCGGUUAUAAAGUUCCUCACCCCUUGGAGCAUAAGAUUGUCAUCCGGGUCCAGACCACACCUGACUACAGUCCCCAGGAAGCAUUCACCAAUGCCAUCACAGACUUGAUCAGUGAGCUGUCGCUGCUGGAGGAACGCUUCCGGGUCGCCAUUAAAGACAAACAGGAAGGAAUUGAGUGACCCCGCCCACUCUGAUGACCUCACUGCAGCCCCCUGUCCCCCCCAGGUGUUUUUUCUAAUAAAGAUCUGACGUCAUGUCCUUA